AUGUCAGGACUUUCCAGCAGGGUCAUGAACAUGAAGUUCAUGCAAAAACAAGAUCAAUCAAAGACAGCAAAAGCAGACACAACCACCACCCAGAAAAAAAUAACCGAUUCCUCAGAAUGGGCAAUACCACAUCUGGCUAAGUUAUUGAAAUUAGCAGAAAGAAAACCAAAGAUAGAAAUUGUGGGAUAUGGCGGAAUAAUGAGUGCUCCUACCAGACGAUCAUGGGGUACACAAAAUGAAGAAAAUAAGCCAGAAGAAGACGAUGUUGUGAGGAUAACGAAAGAAGCAAUAAUUCUUGACGACCAUUCAAAUCGAAAGACAAAGAAAGAUAAAUCUCUGGAUGAGUUAAAUUCUUUGUGGGAAAAGAGAAAGAUUGAACACAAACCAUCAAGUGUGCCGAGAAAGAAGAGAAAGUUAUCUAAAGAUGAAUCCUAG